AUGCAUCUGGGUUUCUUACAGGAUUCGCGGACCCCUGACUUGGUCAUCGGUGCAGAUACCAUUGUUACGGUCGGGGGCCUGAUCCUGGAGAAGCCGGUGGACAAGCAGGACGCCUACCGCAUGCUGUCCAGGUGGGUGCCCGGCAGACCAGCCUGCACAUGGCCUCUGCCCCUGCCCCUUCCCCGUCUCCUGUGUGUGUCUCUGCACCUGCUGUGCUCUGUCCACGAGACCCCCACCCCUCAAAGAAACCAGGACAAGGCGGGCGGCUACGGCAUCCAGGCCUUGGGCGGCAUGCUGGUGGAAAGGGUCCACGGGGACUUCCUCAACGUCGUGGGCUUCCCGCUGAACCGCUUCUGCAAGCAGCUGUCCCGCCUCUACUGCCCGGAGGCGCGGCAGGGCGGCCAGCGCGACCCCCACCUGCCCGCGGACCCCUUGGACGCCUCCGGGGACCAGGACAGCCGGCCGGGGCCCGCCUGCAAUGGGGCCGUGGAUGCGCCGCCCCCCGUCCCCUGGGAGCUGCUGGGCCUCAUGGACGGCUUCCAGGGGUCUCAGGUGCUGUUCACAGCCUGCAGGCUGGCCGUGUUCGACGUGCUGAAGGACGGGGCCCUGCUCUCGGCAGCAGAGGUGGCCGGCAGGAUCGAGGCAUCGCUGUCUGGGACGGAGUGGCUGCUGGCCGCCUGUGCAGACCUGGGGCUGCUGGAAAGGCGGGAGGAGGGUUACUGCAACACGGAGCCUGCCAACCGGCACCUGGUGUCCGGGGGCCGGCACGCCCUGCGGGGCCUGGUCAGCCUCUGUGACAGCCACAGCAGGGACUUCUCGGACCUGGAGGCCGCCGUCCGCCAGGGCGGGGUGCUGCUGCACACCGUAACAGGGAGAAGGCCCGAGGACGUGUGGAAGGGCCCGGAUCUGGACAGCGGGGGCGACGGGGGGCGGCUGCAGGUGCUGGCCGCCAGGCACGAGCUGGCUGGGCUGAGCGCGCAUGCAGUGGCCACUGCCUUCGACCUGUCGGGGUUCCGCGCCGCCUGCCACCUGGGCGGCGGCACCGGGGCGCUGGCCCUCGCACUGGCCCGGGAGCACCCGCACCUGCGGGUGACGGUGUUCGACCACCCGGACAGCGUCCGGCUCGCCGCGGAGGAGCGCUUCCAGCCCUGGGCGCUGCAGGCCGCCGGGGUCCGCUUCGUGGCAGGUGACCUGUUUAAGGACCCGCUCCCGGAAGCAGAUCUGUUUGUCCUGUCCAGCCUCCUGCAGGACUGGCCCGAGGACAGAGUGCAGGCCCUCCUGAGCAGGCUGUCCCAGCACUGCCAGCCAGGUGAGCGCAUUGUUGACCAGGUGAGCGUGCCAGCCAGGUGAGGAGUCUGCCAGCUAGAUGAGCACAUUGUUGGCCAGGUGAGGGCAAUGUUGGCCAGGUGAGGGUACUGCCACCCAGGUGAG